GUUAAUUUCAUGCUUGUUAUGAGAUCUUAUUGUGAUCAAUUCUUGUGAUUUCUGAAUUUAUAAGAGGUGUUUGAUCCAAGUUUUGCUCAGUACAAUUCUUCUGAUUUCUGAAUUUCUUGGGUUUCCAUUGAAAGCAACAAAACAAUGGAUUUUUUCCUUGCUUCAAUGCACGGAAACACUCUCAAAGGAGGUUUGCUCCUAAGUGCAGUACUGCCUUUAUUGAAGCUCCUUUGUAUGGCUGCCAUUGGUUUACUUCUUGCUCACCCAAAAUACCAACUUGUCCCAAAAGCCACUUUCACAUUUCUCAGUAAGCUGGUGUUUGCUGUCUUUUUGCCCUGCUUGAUCUUCACCAAUCUUGGUCCAUCCAUCACUUUAAAGAACUUGCUGAAUUGGUGGUUCAUUCCUGUAAAUGUUGUUAUAAGUACCACAAUUGGGUUUGUUUUGGGGAUUUUGGUAGCAAUAAUUUGUAGGCCACCACCUGAAUUUUUUAGAUUUACCAUAAUCAUGACUGCAUUUGGAAACACAGGUAAUCUUCCUCUUGCAAUUGUGGCCUCUGUUUGCCACAGUGAUGAUAACCCUUUUGGUACUGAAGAUGACUGCACUGAGGCUGGUGUGGCAUAUGUAUCUUUUUCCCAAUGGGUUUCUGUUAUUCUUGUUUAUACACUUGUUUAUCACAUGAUGGAGCCCACCUUGGAAUCUAGUAGAAGUGCUUAUGAAGUUGUUGUUGAGGAAGAGGAAUAUCAUGAGAUUGAGGAAUUGGGGUCUAAUGGCAAUGGCAACGACAACGGCAAUGAAAAUGGAAAUGAAAAUGAUCUCACUAGGCCACUUCUUGUUGAGGCUGAAUGGCCUGGAAUGGAAGAUAAGGAAAUUGAGCAUUGCAAGACACCCUUUAUUGCAAGACUUUUUAAUAGCAGCAAUUCUAUACUUUCCCACACCGCUAUUCCGGAUUUCAGCGGCGAGGAGGAGGAGAAGGAGAAGAAGGGAGAUCAGCCAAGAAGUACCAAGUGUAUGGCAGAGCCUAGAAUGGUGAGGAAAAUCAGAUCUGUUGCUGGGAUGACACCAAUUCAUGGCAUUCUUCAGCCCCCAACAAUUGCUUCUCUUUUAGCCAUUAUCAUUGGCAUGAUUCCUAAGUUGAAAUCUUGGGUUUUUGAUGAUGAUCAAAUCCUUUCAUUCAUCACAGACAGCUUGGGAAUUCUAGCUGAGGCCAUGGUGCCUUCGGCCGUGCUUGUUCUUGGAGGCAUGCUGGCUGAAGGUCCAAACGAAUCAAAUCUAGGAAUGAGAACUACAAUUGGGAUUAUUGUUGCAAGGCUUUUGUUACUUCCUUUGAUUGGAAUUGGUGUGACUCUAUUGGCUGAUAAAUUGAACAUUUUGAUUGCCGAUGAUCCAUUGUACCGGUUCGUUCUUUUGCUGCAAUACACCACACCAAGUGCUAUCUUGUUAGGAGCAGUUGCAAGCUUGAGGGGUUAUGCAGUCAGAGAGGCUUCUGCACUCCUCUUCUGGCAGCAUAUUAUUGCUGUCUUCUCCCUUUCGGUCUAUAUAAUUGUAUACUUCUACAUAUUGUUUUGAAAUAGAGCUUGGACCUCAAAUUCUUUCCAAUAUACAGACUACUUUCGAACUA